AUGUUGUUUGAUACAAGUAAUAAACCAGAAAUCGAUGAUUCCAUGGAUAAGAAACAGCAACCGUCAACUAAUAUAGUACAAACCAGCUCUCAACCAGAAAAUUUUCUUAAGUUUCAAAAGCCUCGCAACAAUACAAAGAAUGAAAUACCAGUUGACAAGAAUCCAAAACUCACUUUCGAGCCACGCCCAUCACUGCAUCAAUUAAAUCUAAAUAUUACCAUCAUAAAAAAGGAAGACAUAGUAUUUUCAAAUACUCUCAUCGGGGAAGGUGGAUAUGGUCGUGUCUGUAAAGGAUUAAGCAAAACAGGCGGUAUGCCUUCAGUACUGAAGACCACAGCGGGAAACACUGAUAGAGGUACGCCCAUGUACAUGGCCCCCGAAUUACUUUUAAAAAAGGAGCGACCAUCUACAAAUUCAGAUAUUUGGUCAGUAGUUUGUGUCAUAAAAGAAUUGAUGACUAAAGAGCAGGUGUGGCCAUCACAAUGCUAUCAAGAUGAUAUAAAGGAUCUGUACCUUCGUCAGUCAGUUUCCAACAUGGACGGAGUCGAUAAAAAUUUAAGACUGCUUUAA